AUGCCUCGGGGUCAGAAGAGUAAGCUCUGUGCCCGUGAGAAACGCUGCCAGGCCCGAGACGAGCCCGAGGGUCUGGGUCAGAGAGCCAGAGCUGUUUCAUACACUGAGCCCAUCUACAGAGGCCAUCUGGAUGAGAAGGUGGUUAUACUGGUGUACUACCUGCUGUACAAGCAUCAAAUGAAAGAGCCUAUUACCAAGGCAGAUAUGCUGAGAAAUAUAAUCCAGAUGUAUAGGAAUCACCUCCUUGAGAUCCUCAAAAGAGCUUCUGAGCACCUGGAGAUGAUCUUUGGCCUUGACCUGAAGGAAGUGGAUCCCUACUGGCACAUCUAUGUCCUUGUCAACAAGCCAGAACCAAGCUAUGAUGCAAACCUGAGCGAUGAUAGAGAGGUUCCCAAGACAGGCCUGUUGAUGGCUGUUCUGGGUGUGAUCUUGACUAAGGGCAAUUGUGCCACUGAGGAGCAAGUCUGGCAAAUAUUGAAUGUGAUGGGCUUAUAUGAGGGGAGGAAGCACUUCAUUUCUGGGGAGCCCAGGAAGCUUAUCACCAAAGAUUUAGUGCGGGAAAGGUACCUGGAGUACUGCCAGGUGCCCAACAGCGAUCCUCCACGCUAUGAGUUCCUGUGGGGCCCAAGAGCCCACGCUGAAACCAGCAAGAUGAAAGUGCUGGAGUUUGUGGCCAAGAUCCAUGAUACGGUCCCCACUGCCUUCCCAUCCUGGUAUGAAGAGGCUUUGAGAGAUGAGGGAGAGAGAGCCCGAGCCAGGGCUGCAGCCAGGGCUCGUACUGCUGCCCUGGCCAGCGUGCGCUCCAGGGCCAUAGCCAGCAGCUCCUCCCGCCCCAAUAGAGUCUGA